CAAAACCCCUAAAUUUUGCCUCAGCUCACACUACUCUCGUAUUCGAUAUUCAAACGCAGAAAAGAGGCAGCCCUAAGCCUCCUUCUCCCUUGCUCUUCUUCAAGCUGUCCAGCCACCGGCGCUGUCGCGUCUUCUCCGCCGCCCUCCGCACUGCUCCAGCGUCGCAUCAACGCGUCUGUUCCGCCUCUUCUCGCUGCGCUUGCGCACUUCAGCCUCUGUUCCAUCGCGCUUCCAUCAAUGUUCAUCCUCUGUUCCGCCGCGCUCCAGCCCUCGUCUUCCACUUCGAGUUCCUCAUCUGUGCUCCCUCUCCGUCAUCUGUUCGAGUUUGUGCACCAUCUCCCUCAGCUGUGAAAGAUUUGACUACGGUCAGACCAUUGAACCAGUUAGAUGACUGGUUCAUUGACCGGUUCCGUUCUCACAACCUUGGGAUAAACACUCGACUCGACACUCCUCAUUUGCUCCUUCACCGGUGAGUGACCAGAGAUGAAUAAUAAGUUGUAGCAAGUAAAGCACAAAAAAGCAAAUGGCCACACCGAAGCCCAUAUCACCCUUCAGACUCUCUUCACUCCUCCGUUCUGAAAAAGACCCCUCCAAAGCCCUCAAACUCUUCCUCCACCCAAACCCAACCCAACACAAACCCUUCCGCCACUCUCUCCUCGCCUACGACCUCCUCAUCACCAAGCUAGGCCGUGCCAAGAUGUUCCUGGAGAUGGAACAAAUCCUCCACCGCCUCUGCCACCACACCACCUUCUGCGUCCCUGAACCCCUCCUCUGCCAAGUCAUCACCCUCUAUGGCCGCAACCGCCUCCCCUCCUCCGCCAUCCGCACCUUCCUCUCCCUCGGUUCCUUCCGCUGCACGCCAACUGUCAAGUCCUUCAACUCCCUCCUCAACGCCCUCCUCGCCUCCCGCGAUUUCCAGAAUUUCUCAGAAUUCGCGUCACGAGUAAUGGAAUUCACGCAGCCAGAUACUUGCACGUUCAACAUUCUGAUCAAUGCAUGGUGCUUGAGAGGCAACAUUGAUUGUGCAUGGAAGGUGUUUGAUGAAAUGCGUGGCCGUGGUGUUCCGCCCAGCGAGGUUACUUUCGGGACUUUGAUUAAUGGUCUUUGCAAAAGCAUGCGGCUGCAAGAGGCGCUGAAGUUGAAGGAGAUUAUGAUAAAGGAUCAUAAGUUGAAGCCUAAUGUUAAUUUGUACACCACGCUGAUCAAAGGUGGUUGUGUGGUUGGGGAGAUGGAUAGAGCCUUUAGGAUCAAGGAUGAGAUGGUGAGAAACAAUGUGAAGUUGGAUGCUGCUGUUUAUAACACACUGAUGGACGCUCUUUUCAAGGCCGGGAGGAAGGAUGAGGGGUGGCAGAUUUUGGAUGAGAUGAACAAGAGUGGCUGCAAACCUGACUUGGUGACUUACAAUGUGAUGAUUGCAGAGUUUUGCAGGGAGAAGAAUUUCGAAGAAGUGUUUAGGAUUUUGGAUGGGAUGGAAGGUGGUGGUGUGAAGCCUGAUGUUUUGAUCUACAAUGUGAUUAUUGGUUGGCUGUGUAAGACAGGGAAAUGUAAUGACGCAAAUGAUUUGUUUCAAGAUAUGCCAAGGCAAGGAUGCACUCCGGAUGUUGUGACGUAUCGCACCCUUUUUGAUGGUCUAUGUGGAUGGAUGCAUUUGAGUGAAGCUGCAUUGAUUUUGGACGAGAUGUUGUUCAAAGGCUAUGCUCCUCUUUCUAGGAGUUUGAACAGAUUUAUAGAUGGGAUGUGCAGCGAAGGGAAUUUUGAGUUGCUGUUGACAGUUUUGAGUAGUCUGAGUAGAAAGGAAGAUAUUUUGAAUGAGGACAUAUGGAAAAUUGUGGUUUCCAUGGUUUUCAAACCAAAGGAGCUGCAAGAAAACUUUGACUUUGAGCUUUUGGAUACAUUGAUCGUGCAAUAUCAAACAUGAAUUUAUUUUACAAUUUGCACCAAGUUAUCAGAACCUGGGAAACAAUAAUGCCUUUGGUUGAUUUGCCACUGGUAUUGCUAGGAAAGCAAAUUUGGAGAAGUCAGACUUGGAACCAGCUUUGAAAGCUCUGAAGGAUAGGCUGAUGACCCUGAAUAUGGCUGAGGAAAUAGCUGAGAAACUAUGUGAAUCAGUAGCAGCAAGUCUUGAAGGCAAGAAGCUAGCUUCAUUAACAAGGAUAUCUUCAACAGUGCUUAUACGAUCCAAUGGCUCCCUUAAUUCUGGCUCUUCCUUUAAAUUAUUAUAAGGCAUGUGCUGAUGCUGUGGUUCAAAAAUCAAUACAGGCAACAAUGGAAGAAGCCCUUGUGCGUAUUUUAACCCUUAGGUGCUCUAUUGACAUAUUGAGGGAUGUGCAUGCUGCCAAGGAGCAAAGGAAACUAUAUGUUGCUGAAUUUUUUGGAAUUAAUGGUGUUGGAGAAUCUACUAAUCUUGAUAAGGUGAAGGAGAAUAAUCUUUUUCCUUCAAUUUAUUUAAGAUUCUAUAUGUUGGGCUUGCAUUUAACCUGAUGAAGAGUAUAUUUGUGCCACCAUGUAUGUUGCAUACUGGCUUCUGCAAUACAACAUGUUAAUUCUUUUUGUUCAAAUUGAUCGACAAGACGUCAAUUUGUGCUGCUUUAAUGUUCAUUGAGUUUGCGCUAAUUUAUGCUACUUUAAUGUUAAUUCUUUUUGUUCAAAUUAAUGGGCAAGAAGUCAAUUUCUGGUG